ACCUCUCUCCCUCACACACUUCUCCCGACGCCUUCUCCUCCACCGUCAACAAGGGCCCCUCCACACCGCAGACAUGGCCUGCUACGACCUCUGCCGCCCCUGCGGACCCACCCCGCUGGCUAACAGCUGCAACGAGCCCUGUGUCCAGCAGUGCCAGGACUCCCGCGUCGUCAUCCAGCCUCCCGCCGUGGUGGUCACCCUGCCAGGACCCAUCCUCAGCUCCUUCCCCCAGAACACCGCCGUCGGAUCCUCCUCAUCGGCUGCCGUGGGCAACGUCCUCAGCUCCCAGGGAGUGCCCAUCUCCUCCGGUGGCUUCGGAGGCCUGGGCGGCUACGGCUUCGGAGGCCUGGGCGGCUUCGGCGGCAGAAGAGGCUGCUUCCCCUGCUAAGGGCCCCUGACGCCAACCGCCCACACCCUGGAAGCCACGGCAUGGAUUGAGGAUGCACCUCCAGGAUGUUGCUCGCACGUGGGCUCAGUAACAACGGCUCCUCCUCUCAAGGCACCAAGCAAGGAAGCACGAAAGGGCCAAGCACAUUCUGCCUGGAAACAUGGCCUGUGUACCUCCUCCUCUUCUCCAUCUUCCUUCUUUGCAUCGCCCUUUGUGCUAUGUCCAAUACUCUCUGCUGCAACCACCUUCCCACAAGCCAAAGACCAUCAGGGAACUCCCGUCAGCUAAUCCCACCACAGGGCAGAAAGACCUCAGGAUGGUCGUGCAAAAUCUAGUGCAUGCAAGGGAUCUCAGCUCAUGGUUUCCCUACCUGCACCUCAGACCGGCUCCCUUCCACUUGACGCUCCUGCCUUUUCACUCUGUUUUUCUCUCAAUAAAGUUCUACUGCAU